AGGUCUUGCGGCUGGAAUUUACAUCCCUGGUCGCGAUCGAAAUCGGCAGGAAAUAAAGGACAAGGACAAGAUGGCGGUCGAGUUUGCACCGUUGAAGAAUGAUUUGCUUUUGAGGGCUGCGAGAGGUGAGCAGACGGAGCGUGCCCCUGUUUGGGUGAUGCGACAGGCAGGUCGCUACCUCCCAGAAUUCCGCGAGCUACGAAAAGACCACGAAUUCUUCGAGAUCUGUCGUACGCCACAUCUCGCCACCGAAAUAACAUUACAGCCAGUCCGCCGUUACUCCGGCCUCCUGGACGCAGCCAUUAUCUUCUCCGAUAUUCUGGUCAUUCCCCAAGCCAUGGGCAUGGAAGUCCUCAUGAACCCCGGCCCUUCCUUCCCUGACCCGCUCAAUACCCCCGAAGACAUUAAAAAGCUUAGGGAACACCUCGACGUGAACAAGGAAUUGGGCUACGUGUUUGAGGCGAUCACGAUGGCAAGGAAGGAACUGAAAGGAGAGGUGCCGUUGAUUGGGUUCACUGGAGCUCCGUGGACGCUGUUCAUGUACAUGGUCGAGGGCGGAGGGAGCAAGACGUUGCAGAAGUCUAAGACAUGGUUGUUCAAGUACCCUGAGGAGUCCAAGGCAUUACUGGAGCGCAUCGCCGACAUUUGCGCGGACUACCUUGUUGGGCAAGUCAAAGCCGGCGCUCAGCUCCUUCAAGUUUUCGAGUCCAACGCCGGCGAGCUUUCACCUCACGACUACGAAACCUUCUCCCUCCCCUACACAACCCGCAUCCUCACUCGCGUCCGCAGCUCUCUCUCCUCCCUCUCCCUCCCUCAAGUCCCCAUGACUCUCUUCCCCAAAGGCGCAAACACGACCCCAUCCGUCGUCGCCUCAGCAAACUCGGGCUACGACGUCAUCGGUCUCGACUGGUGUGUCCGAGGCUCAGUCGCCCGCUCAGCCGCGGCCGCCGCGAACGUGAGAGAUGGGAAGGGCGUCGCGUUCCAGGGGAAUUUGGAUCCUGCGGUGCUUUAUGGCGGGAGGGAGGCGAUCGAGAGAGAGGUGAAGAGGAUGUGUGAGGAGUUUAAGGGACAGGAUGGAAAGGGACCGAAGGGAUGGAUUGCGAAUCUGGGGCAUGGGAUCACGCCGGGUGUGGACCCGGAAGACAUGAAGUGGUUCAUGCAAUGUGUGCAUAAGUAUUCGGCAGCUGCUUAGAUCGUAUUUUGGGGGUUAUUGGAUGGAAUCAUGGGUGAGUAGGCAUAACUGAAGGUGAAGCGAAAUGGAAAGUGUUGUGUUGCUCGUUGUGCUUCAGGUCAUUGUAUUGCUGAUUAUAAAUGACCCGCUUGUUCGAAACAGGUGUGUCG